UCCUGACUGGGGUGAGGGGCCACCUCCAUAUCUAAAUGUUAUCUAGGCUUGGGGAGGAAGGGAUCUUCAGUGUACCUGUUUGGGUUUGAGGAAAGCUGGGCCUUGCACUGCUUUGGGGUUAGAAGUUGGGGUCAGUUGGCUAGGAGAGGAGGGAGGGAGCCAACUAUCCCUGUUGGGCCAAGUUAAUCUGGGAACUAGGCCUGUUAAGCCCAUUAAAGAAGGUCCUUGCAGGAGUGGGCCCAGAGGACAGAGCAAAAGGGGUGCUGGGGCAACUUCUGUGGUCCAGGUUGGAGUCUGGAGGGACAUACAGAGCAUCCCUUGGUCUACCUUUAAUGCCUUAAGAGGGAGCCCUUUAGACCUUUCAGGGAUUAGCAUCUCCAAGCCUGGUGGCUAUCCUGGGGACAGUGGCAGGAGGAAGAUAAAAUUCCUGGGACAGCCUGCACCCCCAAGAGGCUGGGGGCACCCCAGUCCAAAGGUGAAGCCUGGUGUCUCUGCUGAUCCUACCCCUUUUCUCCUUUCAUGGCCCAGCCCCUCCCUCAUUGAGGCCCUCAGGCCCCAGUGGUUCCAGCCAGGGGGAGGCCUGGGCGCGAGGAGGCUGCUCAGCUCUGGGCCCCAAACCGGUUUUCCCACCUCCACUGGGGCUGGCACGUUGCUGCUGUGGUUCCCUCCCCACCACUUUCUUUCAGUUCUUCCUCUCUCCACCCUGGAAUGUUAAGGGGGGUAUAUCUAAGUUGUCUUUUGUCCCUUUCCUGCCCUGGGUGUGGUCUCUUCUAGAAAGGCGAGGCUACUAUGUAUGACUUUAAAUCAAGAAGGUAGAGUGACAAUUCCACACUUGGCCUUCCAGACUUCUGGCACUCAGAUUUCCCCUGUAGGCCUUGAGGACAACGAAACUAAAGGACUAAGGGACUGUAAAACGUAGUUGGGAUUCCCCUUACCAUCAUUCCCCCACCCCCAUCUGAGCUGUGGAGGAGGAAACCAGAAAGUCUUAAAGGAAGCCCAGCACCCCCCAACCCCGCCUGCUCCAGAGUAAGGGGGGCAGGAGCAGUAGUCUUCUCUCUGUUCAACAUGGCCCCUCCCUCAAACACCAACAAGGCAAAUCAUUUCCGUUUGUCUUUUCUGUUGGAACUGAGGUCUUCUCAUUAGUGAUAGCACCAACUGAUGUUAAUAGGGCCCUUGCUGUGUGCCAGGUGCUGUGCUAAGCACUUCCAAUGCUCACGAAUCCCUAUGAGGUAGGUAAAACCAUGUGAAAACAGGCACAGAAAGGUCCAGUAAUGUGCCCAAAGCUACAUUGCUAGUCUUUGGUGGAAGCAAACUUUCUUCUCUGGCUGAUCCUAGAAGUGCCUCUUUUCCUGCUACUCUGUGUCCCUUCGCUAAGGAAGGACCCAUAUCCCUAACCCUACUACAAACAGUGCUCUUUUGAAAUGGAACUGGCUACUGAAAUCCAUUUCUAACCCACGGAAGAUAGCUCUCGGAAGGAGGUGAGGGGCUGUGGAAGUGUCUACUGGAGCUCUUGCAGCUUUUACUCCCAUACCCCCAGCCCCCAUACAAAUGCAGAUCUUCCAUAAAUACCCUUCCCAUUUUCCUCCCUUUUACCCUGUUGGGACAAAUAGGGAGAACCAUUCCCACUUCACAAAAGGAGAAAUAAGAUUAAGGAGUUAAAUAACCUGCCCAAGGCACUGGCCCUGAACCCUAGUAUUCUCCCUGGGAAUCUGGGGGACAUAUUAAAUGCCCUACCAGAACACUGCUGGGAAGGUCACUAGUGUUGAUGGCCCUAAUAGCACAGAGCUCUGAGGAGGGACCCAGCCAGGAGACACAGUCACACAGCCUGUCACACAAUCCAGCUGGGAAGCAGCAGAUGAUUAGCAGUGGACGCCCAGAUGAAGCUGACAAACAUUGGGAUGCCGCCUUCACUUGGGAUUGAUCACUAAAGGAUGGGGAAGGGGAAUCCCAGCCCUGGGGAGGCUGGUGCAGGAAUACUGAGGUUUCAGAGUGGGCCAGUUUGGCUGAUCAGGUGGCGCUUGGCGCAGAUACUGGGAGGACAAGGCCACUUAAUCGCCUUUUCAAAGCUGGGGCCUGAGAGUAAGUAGAGGGAGAAAACUACAACUCCCAGAAUCCCCUGCUCCCCGCCCAGCCAGGGAUAGUUGCUAUGGUUUCAGAAAACAAUAUGGCUGCUCCCAGCUGGGAGAAGAGUCUUCGGAUUAGAGAGGCAGAGGCAGGUCUGGUCGCCGUCAGUGGCGAGAGAAGAGGCACCUGAGGGAUCGUGAAGUUGGGGCUGGACUCUGCACGGCUGGAACGGCCUGGCCUUGCCUUGCCGAGGGUGCCAAUGGCGGACAGCGUGGAUGAGGAGGCGCUGCACCAGCUGUACCUGUGGGUAGACAAUAUCCCUCUGUCCCGGCCCAAGCGAAAUCUCUCCAGGGACUUCAGUGACGGAGUCCUGGUCGCAGAAGUCAUCAAGUUUUACUUCCCCAAGAUGGUGGAGAUGCACAAUUAUGUCCCUGCCAACUCUCUCCAACAGAAGCUCAGCAACUGGGGUCACCUAAACAGGAAGGUGCUGAACAAACUGAACUUCUCCGUACCAGAAGAUGUGAUGCGCAAAAUCGCGCAAUGCGCGCCGGGCGUGGUGGAGUUAGUGCUCAUUCCGCUGAGGCAGCGCCUGGAGGAGCGGCAGAGGCUCAGGAAGCCGCGCAUGAGCUCCUUACAGGAGCUGGCUCCCCAGGAUGGCACUGGCUACAUGGAUGUGGGUUUGUCCCAGAAGGCCAGAGGGGAAGGUGCCCCAGACCCCCAGGGAGGGGGGCAGGUCAGGGGGGGCCGGCUGCCCCCGCCCGGGCCUCCGGGAUAUGGCCAGGCAGUUCAGGGCGGCGACCCAAGCUUCGUCCUCCAGAUCGCUGAAAAAGAGCAGGAGUUGUUGGCUUCGCAGGAGACCGUGCAGGUCCUGCAGAUGAAGGUGAGGCGUUUGGAGCACUUGCUUCAGCUCAAGAACGUGCGCAUCGACGACCUCUCCCGGCGGCUCCAGCAGGCAGAGCGUAAGCAGCGGAGAAUGGACGGCUUUCCAGAACCCAGAAGCCACGUGCAGAGACCUCGCAUGAUCCCCAAAGCAGUGCCCAGAACCAGGGGCUCCGCUUUGGUGCUCCCUGCUGUGGGCCUUGGGGGGUGGUGCCCCGGCUCGGUCCACACCCUUAGAAACAGGUCCCAGCCCAGCUCUGAAGACAGUGGCAUCUCCAUCCAGGCUAGCUGUCUGUGCUCUGGGCUGGGGAGGAAGUUGCCCCAGGCAGCCAAGGGAGAUCCUUGCCUCUCCUGGAAGCUCACCUGGGACCCAAGUCGAGGAUGGAGAACACAGCAGCUGGAGAAGAAGGGGUGAGGAGUGGGUUCAGCCAGGAGUAGGGAAGACAUGGACUGUGUCUGUCCCAAUCACCCUCUUCUCCUGUGGGGGGACCUUUGAGAAUGCUUGGAAGUUAUGGGAUCACAUUACCCCCAUUAAAGAAGUUGUGCUAUCUUUCCUGCGACCACCUUCUCUCUCUGCCCAGAUUUCUUGCCCCUCUUAAUGCUGUGUCCCACCAUCACCACCACCCUUUUGAGUGAAAGAGCCUUGUAAGCCCAGAAUGGGUCUCACCUUGUGGGCACCUGGACCCUGGGUGGCCACUGCCUGGAAGGUUGAUGACAGCACAGGGGUCAGAUCUUGUGCACUUGAACAGCCUGACUUCUAACUCUGGUUUUAGACUGACCGCCAAACCCACCCUCACAGUAUCUUCCAACACUGUCCAAACCCAAAUCCAAGCCGAGUCUUCACAUUCUCCUCAAAUGUAACCACAUCCUCACCUCCAACCCUGCCCAUUUACGGACCCCCAAAUCUAUCCUCUAUAUGACUCCCAGCCCCUCUCACAGACUGACCCCUAGUUCUAUGGUUCUAUGGUUCUGUGACUCUGAAACCUGACCAAGAUGGUCUGGCCAUGAUGUGACCCUAACUCUAAUAAUUAACCAACUACUGGUAACAUUCUGAGACCCCACGAUUCUAUUCCUACACAUAUACUCAGCAUAUACCUAGGGGAAACUUAAGGUCUUGUGUUCUGUAUUCUGCGACACCUGUACAGCAAUGUUUAUAGUGACAUUCUCUGUAAUAGAAAAUAAUUGAAAAGAACUUGUAUGAGUGUCUAUCAUAUGUAAGAAAUUACCACAAACUUAGUGG